AUGGCGCAACACUCACCACCACUACUGGUGACACUUCUUCUAUGUACUCUAUCUGUCAACUCAUCAUUCCAGCCUGCCCUGGUGUUAGAAAUGGCAAAAAUUCUUUUGGAAAACUACUGCUUCCCUGAGAACCUGGUUGGGAUGCAGGAGGCCAUCCAACAAGCCAUCAACAGCGGAGAAAUCCUGCAGAUUUCAGACAAGAAGACCCUGGCAGCUGUGCUCACAGUCGGAGUACAAGGGGCACUGAAUGAUCCCCGGCUGACUGUGUCAUACGAGCCAAAUUUUGCCCCAGUGGUGCCACAGAUGCUGCCGUCUCUCCCAAUGGAGCAGCUGAUCUGGCUGGUGAGAAACUCUUUCAAGCUGGAUAUACUCGACAACAACGUUGGAUAUUUGCGGAUUGAUCGGAUAAUUGGGGAGGAGACAGCGGCAAAGCUUGGCUCUCUGCUGAGGGACAACAUCUGGGAUAAAGUUGCCCAAACAUCCUCACUCAUUUUGGACUUGAGGUAUAACACAGCUGGAGAAUUGUCUGGCGUUCCUUUUAUAAUCUCCUAUUUCUCAGACUCUGGGUCCCUCAUUCACAUUGACACUGUGUAUGACAGGCCAUCAAAUACAACCAGGGAGCUGUGGUCCAUGCCAUCAAUAACAGGGGAAAAGUAUGGAAAGAAGAAAGAUCUGAUUAUUUUGACCAGUAAGCGUACCGUUGGGGCAGCUGAGGCAGUGGCAUAUACAUUAAAAAAUCUAAAGAGGGCCAUCAUCGUUGGAGAAAGGUCUGCUGGUGGGUCAGUUAAAGUCCGAAAGAUAAGAAUCGCUCAGUCCGAGUUCUACAUAACAGUUCCUGUCGCAAGGUCAGUUAGCCCAAUCACAGGUCAGAGCUGGGAAGUGAAUGGUGUUUCCCCAAUGGUCAGUGUCAUUGCCAAGGAAGCUGUCACGAAAGCCAAGUCCCUUCUGGCUGUAAGGAGUACCAUUCCGAAAGUUAUACAGCGUAUCUCUGACAUCAUCGAGAGGUAUUAUGCUUUCACUGACAGAAUUCCAGCUCUUCUUCAACUCCUUCAAUCUACAGACUUGUUUUCUGUCGUAUCUGAGGAGGAUCUGGCAGUCAGACUUAACCAUGACCUACAGACUGUGUCGGAAGAUCCACGACUUAUCGUCAAAUACAUGCAAGACGAUGCUGCCACAGGAGAGGAGGAUCUUUACAACAUUCAAGAUGAUAUGAAAUUAUUAAGAGAGUUGGUUGAUACAACGUUUAAAGUGGAAAUUCUCCCACACAAUACUGGCUACCUGCGCUUUGAUAAGUUUGUCAAGUUGUCUGCAGAGGCUAAACUAGAAGAGCUGAUGGCUAAUAUGGUAUGGGAACCCCUCAAAGACACUAAUAACCUAAUUAUUGAUCUACGAUAUAACACUGGUGGAUCCUCCACAUCUGUAGCCCUUAUACUGUCCUAUCUGCAGGACCCUUCCCAGAAGCAUCAUUUUUUCACAAUAUAUGACAGUUUUCAGAACAUAACGACAGAAUAUAAUUCUCUGCCCCAAAUCACAGGCCCGUCCUAUGGCUCCAAACGUGGAGUUUAUGUGUUGACCAGCUACUACACAGCAAGCGUUGGUGAAGAAUUUGCAUACCUUGUGCAGUCCCUACAUUGUGGCACAGUCAUUGGGGAAAUUACAUCCGGCACCUUGAUGCACUCAAAGACGUUUCAAAUUGAGGGAACAGAUAUUGCCAUCACUGUCCCUUUCAUCAACUUUUUGGACAAUAAUGGUGAGUUCUGGCUGGGAGGUGGUGUGGUCCCUGAUGCUAUUGUGCUAGCCGAAGACGCCGUGGAGCAUGCUCACAAGAUUGCAGAUUUUCACCAAGGGAUCAAGUCCCUUAUAGAGGGAACUGGGGAACUGUUGGAAAAACACUAUGCAAUCCAUGAUGUCGCAAUAGAGGCCAGCAAGGUACUGGUGAGGAAAUGGGCUGAGGGGUUAUACAGGUCAGUGGUUGACUUUGAAUCUUUGGCAUCUCAGUUGACGGCAGACCUGCAAGAGACUUCAGAUGAUCACCGCCUCCAUGUCUUCCAUUGUGACGUUGAGCCUGAGUCACUUCAUGAUGUCCCAAAGAUCCCUACCCCUGAAGAAGUUGGAUACAUGAUUGACGCUUUGUUUAAAAUUGAGCUUCUGUCAGGUAAUGUUGGCUAUCUAAGGUUUGACAUGAUGGCAGAUAUAGAAGUGGUAAAGGCCACUGGACCUCAGUUGUUAAAAUUAGUGUGGAGCAAGAUAGUCAACACAGAUGCUCUCAUAAUUGACAUGAGGUACAACACUGGUGGAUAUUCAACAGCAAUUCCCCUCUUGUGCACCUAUUUUUUCGAUGCUGAACCUUUGCGGCAUCUUUACACUGUCUUUGACCGCACUACGAACACCAUGACAGAGGUCAUGACAUUGUCUCAGGUUAGUGGUCAAAGGUAUGGGUCCUCCAAAGACGUCUACAUCCUCACCAGUCAUAUGACAGGGUCAGCAGCCGAAGUGUUUACUCGCACUAUGAAGGACUUGAAAAGGGCGACAAUCAUUGGCGAACCAACAAUCGGAGGGUCUCUAUCAAGUGGAACCUAUCAGAUCAGGGACAGUGUCCUGUAUGCUUCCAUCCCUAACCAGGUUGUGUUAAGUGCAAUCACUGGGAAAAUGUGGAGUAUCUCAGGCGUUGAGCCUCAUGUUAUUGCCCAGGCCGCUGGCGCUCUUCCUGUAGCACAGAGAAUUAUUGCAGCAAGGCUGAUGAAGAAAGAGCAAAACAUGGCGAAGGCUCUCUUCCUGGUGGCUUCUCUGCUAGUUUUUGGAAAUGUUUCCUUUAUCCAUGCCUCUUUUUCACCAACCCUCAUUGUAGAUUUGGCAAAAAUUGUCAUGAACAAUUACUGUUCACCAGAGAAGCUGGUGGGGAUGAAGGAGGCAAUUGAAGCAGCGGGCAGCAACACAGAGGUUCUCAACAUCCCAGACGGUGAAUCCCUGGCUAAUGUCCUCAGUUCUGGAGUCCAGACCACCGUCAGUGACCCACGCCUGAUGGUCUCCUUUGAGCCAAACUACGUCCCUGUGGUUCCCCCACAGAUGCCUCCCUUGCCGCCAGAGCAGCUCGUUGCCGUCCUCCAGACCUCAAUUAAGCUCGACAUCCUGGACGGCAACAUUGGCUACCUGAGGAUCGAUCACAUUCUUGGGGAGGAGGUCGCUGACAAGGUUGGCCCUUUGCUCCUAGACCUGGUCUGGAAUAAAAUCCUGCCAACCUCAGCUCUCAUCUUUGACUUGCGCUACACAAGCAGCGGGGACAUCUCAGGAAUCCCAUACAUUGUGUCUUACUUCACUCAAGCCGAGCCUCAGCUUCACAUUGAUAGCGUGUAUGACCGACCCUCCAACACCACCACUAAAUUGGUUUCUAUGGACACACUGCUGGGGGAAAGAUAUGGCGUCACCAAACCCCUUAUCAUCCUCACCAGCAAGAACACCAAAGGCAUUGCCGAGGAUGUUGCCUACUGCCUCCAGAACCUAAAGAGGGCCACCAUUGUGGGCGAGAAGACUGCCGGGGGCUCGGUGAAACUCGAAAAAUUCAAAGUGGGCGACACUGACUUCUACGUUACGGUGCCAACUGCAAAGUCCAUCAACCCAAUCACGGGCUCCUCCUGGGAGGUUACAGGUGUAACUCCUGAUGUGGAGGUCAACGCCGAGGAUGCCCUUGCUACCGCAAUCAAAAUCGUCAACCUCCGUGCCGAGGUUCCAGCCAUCAUUGAGGGAGCAGCCAACCUGAUCGCUGACAACUACGCCUUUGAAAAUAUUGGGGCUGAUGUCGCAGAGAAGUUGAAAGGGCUCCUGGCAAACGGCGAGUACAACAUGAUUGUCUCAAGGGAGAGUCUAGAAGCGAAGCUGUCCACUGACCUGAAGACCCUGUCCGGGGACAAGAGCCUGAAGACCACCAGGAACACCCCAGCCCUGCCUCCCAUGGAUUAUACUCCAGAGAUGUACAUUGAGCUGAUCAAAGUCUCCUUCCACACUGACGUAUUCGAGAACAACAUCGGCUACCUGCGCUUUGACAUGUUCGGAGACUUCGAGGAGGUCAAGGCCAUUGCCCAGAUUAUUGUUGAGCAUGUCUGGAACAAAGUUGUCAACACUGACGCUAUGAUCAUUGACCUUAGGAACAACGUUGGUGGCCCAACAACAGCCAUCUCCGGUUUCUGCUCUUACUUCUUUGAUAAUAAAAGGCAGAUUGUGCUGGACAAGCUGUACGACAGACCAUCCGGCACCACCACAGAGCUCCGGACCCUGCCUGAGCUCACCGGCGAAAGGUAUGGCUCCAAGAAGAGUCUCAUCAUCCUGACCAGCAAGGCAACUGCCGGUGCCGCGGAGGAGUUUGUUUACAUCAUGAGGAACCUUGGCCGCGCCAUGAUCAUGGGAGAGACCACCAAUGGAUCCUCCCACCCACCCAAGAAUUUCCGUGUUGGCGAGACCGACAUCUUCCUCAGCAUCCCCACUGUCCAUUCCGACACUACCUUCGGGCCUGGAUGGGAAGGAGCUGGCAUUGCCCCUCACCUACCCGUCCCAGCAGAUGAUGCCCUUGAGUAUGCCAAGACCGUCUUAAACAAGCACUUUGCGGGUCAGAAGUAAAUCACGACCCGAACAAAGCCGGAUGGGGGGUGUUUCAACACUUUUGCUUUGGCAGCCAAAUGGUCUCAAGAUUUAGAAUCUAGACAUGUUUAAGAAGUGAGGAAUGUAGAUUACGUCCACAGUAAUUGUAAUCUGUUAUUCAUCACCUCAAACCUAAGCCUUUUAGCCUUUCGUAAUGUAGGGAAAUGUUCCAACAGUAGGAUUUACCUCCGGGUUUUAUUUGGGUUGAAUGUUACUCUGGCUGCUAAAGGUUUUGAGAAUGUGUGGCCCUGGCGAGCCAAUUCUCUUAUGAAGUGUUCAUGAAGAAGUCUGUGUCAAAGAUCAGUUGUCAUAACAUCAUCAAAUCACCUUUCAAAAAUGUAAUUUCUGAGAAGUCACAUGCGAAAGAAAGUAAGUAAACACACAUAAAAAAGGGUUUCAAACUAAGUUUGCCAUUCAUGUAUUGUUUUGGAUAUUUGGAAUUGGGACCUCUGUGAAGUAAUUCACUUGUUGCUGUUGUCAGAAAACCACCAAGUGAUGCCCUCAAUGUGUUUGGGGAGUACUGUAUGUCCAUUAUGCC